GCUUAAUUGACUCUCUGAUCUUCUCGAAAUCUUCCUCCCACGACCUUUAAUUUCAAAGUAUUAAUCAUGCGUGAAGAUACAGGAGAAGAAAACCAAAACCCUAGAAGGGUUAGGGUUUUUAUCAGCAAGAAAUGCGAUGUGCUGUUAUUGAUCAUUCUAAGUUUCCUUGUGUCCCUGCCUUUUACCUACAUCUUCGCAGACUUAAUAUACUCCCAACCAAACUGCGAGCAUCUUCUUCACCCCCCAAAGCUCCAAUAUUGCGUCUUCAUCGGCCUUGCCUUCGUCUUCUCCUUCGGCAACCUCUUCGCUUACGGCUACUUGCCCCGCUACCCCAUCGUCCCCGCGUUUCUCCUCAUCAACGUACCUAUGAUCCUCCUGGUCCUUUUUGGGUUCGCCCUUGCCGGUGUUUUCCCGGUGAUGGCCCAUAACCUCCCUGGUUCGCCGUCGUGGCUCAAAUCCAAGUUUCACGACGGUGAUGUCUGGCCGGCCAUCGGGACUUGCCUCUAUGAGGUCAGAACUUGCGAGGAUUUCAUCAUCCGAUCAGGCACUCUCAAAUCCUUUCACUCAUCGCCUACUGAUAAUGAUCAGCUAUCAUCAACUGAGGUGGGUUGUUGCCGACCGCCUCGAGUUUGCGGGAUGGAAUUGGUGAAUGCCACCUACCGGAGGCGGCCGGCGAAUCACACAAAUGAUGAAACAUCCGGUGGGCACAAUAAUAGGGACUGUGAUUUGUGGGAUGAGAAACAAAGCGUUUUGUGCUACAAUUGCGAGACGUGUAAAGAUGGGUACAUGAAGUAUUUACAGGAGUGUAAAUGGCUGCCGAUUGGACCUCCCCUUGGUAUGGUCGCUCUCGCAUGCAUCUCCAUGUUCCAACUCUUCCUCUUUGGACCUACCAUACGAGGAGGAUUUGGGAGCCAUAUGGAGCACACCUAAACCAUUAAAGAAUGUGUGAAUUUUCGAAAUAGUAGUAAACUCAUUUUGUAAUUCUAAAAUAUGAGCAAUAUGAUUUAUUCUCUGAAUAAGGUACUUAUGUAGAAUAAGGUACUUCUGUAGAAUAGGAACAUUUGCUGUUCCAAGUCUUAGCCGCUCGUUGUUGCUCGUCGCUGCUGUUGUUCAUCGGCGCUCGCCACUGCUCAUGGCUCCUUUGCCACUGCUUUUGUUCAUCGAUCGCCAUCUACAAGCCCUUGUUUCAACUUGCAACUUGCGCAUAAGUUUAGAAGGGCGGAUGGUGUUUGAACGGCAAAAAUUAAUUAGAGGGGUAGAAGUAGUAUAAAGGUCCUAUUUAGGGAAUAAAAUUCCACAUACUCCUAUUUUGGAAUUUAUGCAACAUUUUAGUUCACCUUUUUUUUUACCUCGGCAAUAGUUUGACCUGUAUUAUAAUUGGCAAUUCACAACGGCUUGUAUAUUUUUAAAUUGAGAUAUUACUCGAA